CCCUUAGCAACAGCUGAGUGUAUCUACAGUAACAGCCCUGCUGGUAAAAUCAGCGUUUGGGUGUGGAUCCAUAUUCACAGGAACAUUACAAAAUGGGACUUCAUUCAAGAUCUACACGUAUGAUUCCUCAGGGAGCCCUGCUGAAAGACUUGAAUGUCUGAAUGAGAGCAGUAAAACUUGUUGGAUGUGUGAUGAAUGACAGGAGGAAGCAUCAACCAGAGUGUGCUGCAGGGGACAGCAUGUAUGUCCACAGCAUGCAGAAGAGGAACUUUCAGUCCAUACCCUUUCAUGAGAGCACAGUGUUCACUUUGCUUCCACCAAGACCCCGGUCCGAUGGAGACACAGUGCUUUCCUCGAAACUCCUGAGCCUGCAAGUGCAGGGGUUCUGUUGUCCCCUACAGCAGAGGCCCAGCAGUGGGAGGGUGACACGCAGGGUGACACCACCGAGUAGAGAAGGAGGAGAGGGGAGCCUGACAAUGUUAAGCAGUCUCAGGGGAAGGCUGGAGAGCAGAGGAAACCCAGCUUUAAGGUCCAGUACUGGGAGCAGACCUAAGAGGACUCCAGAAGGCGCACCUCCCACUGUAUGCCAUCCCAGAGAACCAGUCAUUAAAACAGCAGAAACUCCCACAACCCCCUGCGACAGCAAGAGGCAAGCUCGUCACGGACAUCCCGGCGCCGGAAAGGUUUCCGAACUCCAUCUCUAUCUGCCUUCAUCGCUCUGUGAGGAUGAGGAGCAGGACGCUGAGACAGAGGAGAUGAGGACUCCAGCAGAGGAGACUAGCGCUCCGGAAUCCGAGGUCAAUCCAAACAAUGUAAACCCUCUGGUGUUUCCCAAUCCUUCACACACCAGACAAGACCACAGCUCAGAUCACAGCUGAGAUGUCAAGUUGUUGAAUCAGUGACUUCUUUUAAAUCACUUCUUAAAAGACAUUUUUAUAGACUUGCUUUCAUGUGAUGCUGUCUUUU